AUGGUUUCAAUAUCACAACGAAUUCAUCGACUACCGCGAAUUCAGAAAUAUGCUCUUUUAUUUAUUUUUCUAUUUACUGCAAUUUAUUGGAUGAGCGGCGAUUCUGUGAACAAAAUUUAUGUUCCUUUGAGAACUGACACGCAUACUUUUAUUCAUUCCGCGUAUUACUAUGAGGAUUCCAAAUCGUGAGUUUUUUUCCCUUUUUUUCCAAAAAAAAAACAUUUUUGAAACUACUCGACAUUCAAUAAAAUAGAAAUUUGAGUCUGAAUAAUAUUGUAUCAUUUUUUUGUCCAUGAAAUUUUUCUACAUAAAGUUAAAUAAACCGGGAGAAAAAACUGGAAAAAUAGAUUUAUGAAAAUAUAAACUAAAUUUCAGCCUGGGUAAAAAUGCAAUCGCAAUUGUGACAACAAUGGAUAAACGCUUUGUUUCUGAGUUGAGCGAUUACACAAUAAAUGUGAUUGGGUCGAAUUCGUCGGAUCAAAUGAUGACUAAAGCAACGCUCACUUCGUAAGUUUUUGAAAUUUAUAUUCAGUUUUAAAACAGAGAAAGAAGAACUACGCCAAUUUAAACAAUUUAGGUCAUUCAACAAUUUUCUGCUCCAGAAAAUGAAUAAAUUCUUUAGAUAUCUCUCAAAAAAUUUCCUAAUUUUUUCAGCGAACAUUACAUCAGAGAUAAAUGCGAAUAUAUGCAAGUUUUGGCGCAAACAAAUACUGUCGAUAAUUUGGAAAAACUAGAAAUUGAAGCAAAUGGUGUGAAAACUCUGAUUCCUAUCAAGAAACCAAAGAAAAAAGCUCCACAAUCAGUUGUGUUCUGUAUUUCUCCUCAAUUUGCCGCUGAACAAUGGCAAACAUUUUUGAUGCAAGUUCAUGUUGCCAAAAAGUUAGUUAACUCAUUUUAGUUACCCAUAUAACUCUUUAUAUUUUUUUUCAAGAUACGGUGCUCACUUACAUAUUUAUAUUGUUUCAAUGGUCGAUUCAUAUUUUGAAUUACUUCGAGAAUAUGAAAAACUUGGAUUAGUAACUCUUGAACCUUGGUUGACUAUUCGAUUUGCACAAACUAUGGGUGAAUAUUUGGAACCUAAUUCACAUGUUGAACUUCGAAAUCAAGCAGCAGCUCACACAGAUUGUUUAUUGAUGUAUAAAGAAGCUGCUGAUUUUGUUGGUGCCUUAGAUAUGGAUGACAUUUUGAUUCCAAAUGUUGGAUCUUAUCACGAAUUUUUCACCAGAGAAUAUGACGGAGAUUAUAAAUUAGCUGCAAUUAAUUUUAGAAAACAUGAUUAUGAAGUGAUCAAAGUUGGAAAUCCUGCAGAAACUACAAUUAGUGCAAUUCUCAGAUCAGCUAAAAAACUAGAAACCGCUGAUACUGGAAAAUCAUUUUUCUAUCCAGAUAGAUAUAAUUCAACUUGGCAUCACUUUUCGAGAGUUGCUUUGGGAGUUGUUCAAUAUCAUCCAGAAAAUCAAGCAGAACCAUAUAAAACACAUGUUAAAUGGAAUUGGAGUGGUAUUUUCCAUUUGAGAACAAUGAUUCAAGUUGGAACUGAAGUUUUACCUGAAAUUGAAAAGAAACCAAUUCCAAUGAUGCCUUGGAGUGAUAAAAUUCAUUAUAUCAGCGAAUACGAUCUUCAAGAUAUUGAUAGAGAUUUGAAGAAGUGAGUUUGUUUCAGUACUCCGUUCUUCUUUUAAUUAUAAUUUAAUUGAAUUAGAUUCAAAUUUGAGUUUUUUUGUUUUAAAAUGGAAUUACGCCAGGCUAUCACAUAUGACGUUUCAGAAACGGAAUGAAUCUUUGACCAAAAAAAUUGGGCGAGAAUUCACGGAUCUACCAGAUAAUCUGUAUAGAAGAAAAAAACACAUUUCUUUUUCUGCUUCGAAAAGUGCUAGAUUAGGGCGAAAAAAUCGAAAAAAGUAUGGAUGGGGCAAAAUAAACUUCAGAUUUUAUUUUUCAUUUGGUGGGAUGAUCUCAAGAAAAAAUUAUGAGCUUUUUUUUAAUUUUAUGAGUCUAAACAGGCCUAGGCCUGAAAAUCUAAGAUUUUAGCAUCUGAAAAACCCUUGGGUUGUUGUGGAUCUGAAAAUCCCACGUAGCAUGUCUUAGCGGAUUCGGUGUAAAUAUUUUGCGAAAAAAUUUCCACAGUAAAAUUAUUCUUUCACACGCAAAUGAUCGUUACAAUCUUUAUAAAUAAAGCUUGCUUUGUUUGAGAAAAAGUCAAAUAAUUCAUAAAUCAAGCUUUUCAAAAUCUCAUUCAAAAAUUUCCAGCACUCUUUCUCUUCCUCAAAUUGCUCCAAUCGCAGCUCGUCUUCCACGCGAAGAAUUCUACAUGCCAAUCGUUUUCCAAUGCUACAAUCAAUCAUUUUACCAUGCUCGAUCUUUGAAACAAUUAGAUCAACAACACACAUGUAUUAAUGCUUUUGAUUGUGAACUUCCACAACGAAAAGAUCUACCCUGUUAUCAUUCAUCAGCUGAUUAUCAAAGUGGUCCAGCUAUGAUUCCAAUUACUUUCCAUUGGGCAAAUAAUGCCACGUUUACAAAAGAUAUUGGAUGUUAUCAAUGA